UCUUGGCUGUUUCCAAGCUUUAGUUAAUAUAGCCUGUGACGGACGACUUUGGCCAUUGGCCAAUCACAGAUCAUUUCAGAGAGACAUCUUUAUUAACUAUAAAUCAGAACAACCAGACAUCACAGCUGAAACAGUUAAACAAGUUUAUAUUACCCAGGCAAAAAGUAACUUCACGCUGGACGGUUCCAGAGGCUGGAAAGGAGGGAUUUUGCAGCACCAUCUCCCGGCCCGGCCGCCGCCUCUGCCUCUGGAAAGUUUUGGUCUGUCCUCUCUCCGUGGAUAACUUGCAAUGAUAAACCGUGGGCGUCUGCAGAGAAGGUUUUUACAGGGAACACCAGCCGGGGUAUAGGAUGCCUCAGAGAUAGACAAGCCUAAUGACGCAACAGGUUUACUCAAUACAGUUUAGAAAUUGUGAGGGACAGGAUAAUACUUGCAGGGUUUCCCACGUUUCCUAUGACCAAAAGCAGGCUACAAGGACUCGGAAACUGACAGAUAUAACGUGACACAGGCACACAGACCCUCUUCCGACUUCUGGAAACAAGCUUCUCCGGACACCAGAGACCAACAGAUGCAAACUUUCAUUAUGGCAUACCUUAUAUUACUUUUUUUACCUUUUGUUUUCAGUACACGGGCGCGCAUAUUAAUAGCUGGAUAUGAAACGGUCAUCUCCAAAGAGCCAUACAAGGAGAGCCGGAAAGUUCUUACUACAAUGGGAGAAGAAUGCAAGUUCCCGUUUCGUCAGGGUGGAAGGAUUCAUCAUCACUGCCUCACCAUCCUAUCCUCAAAACCAUGGUGCUCCCUCACACAUAAUUUUGAUCGGGAUCGGCGGUGGGGCUUCUGUGCACCAGAGAAAACUCAGCCAGAUGUUUUUGUCCACACAUCACGUAGAAUCCCAGAUCCAUGUCGGGUGAAUCCAUGUCGGCAUGGAGGCGUCUGCACGCUGAUCCCACAAAGACACUCGUUUGAGUGCUCCUGUCCUGAGAGCUUCACUGGGAGACUCUGUGAGCAGAAGAAGUGCUAUGAAACCGUACACCUGCGCCAUUAUGACAUCGGAGAGUCUUGGGGACGAAUUCACCUCCGUAAUGUGGAACAGUGCACAUGUGUGGCAGGGGAAAACCUGUGUGAAAGAGUUCAAUACACAAUGUGCCGUUCAAACCCUUGUCAGAAUGACGGAACGUGUCGCCUGAUCACAUCCACGAACAAGGAAGUGUGUAACUGCAGACGUGGCUACAGCGGUCCAUACUGUAGCUUAGCUUCUUCACGAAGGAUUGUCCCAUUUAAUGGCCUGCCCGGCAUUAAAAAACCUCUGCUCUCUAUGCCUCCCAAAAAGCAUGUGUGUGGAAAAAAGAACAAGAAAAGGUUACAGAUAGCCAGGGGGCGGAUAUUGGGCGGAAUCUCAGCUCUGCCAGGUAAUCACCCCUGGAUGGCAGCCAUUUACAUCGGACAGUCAGACUUCUGCGCCGGCACCAUGGUCUCCUCUUGCUGGAUUGUCUCUGCGGCUCACUGCUUCUUCCGCAACCCCCUGAAGUCUCAGCUUCGAGUGGUGCUCGGUCAGCAGAGCUUCAACGUCACGGGUCCCAACACCAGGACAUUCGGAGUGGAGCAGUACAUCUUUCCUAAACAGUUCUCAGUGUUUAAUCCAACACUACAUGAUAUUGUUCUGAUCAAACUGGCGAAGCAGGACGGGAAGUGUGUGAAGAGAACCCCGUUCAUCAGACCCAUCUGUCUCCCAGACAAAAGCAUGACGUUUCCUGAUGGGUACUGUUGUACUAUUAGCGGCUGGGGACACAUGCAUGAGAAGGCACAGGGUUACUCUAGUCUGCAGGAGGGUGGAGUGAGGCUGAUUCCUCAUGACACUUGUAGGAAGCCAAAUGUUUAUGGCAACCAUGUCACUGCUGACAUGAUUUGUGCAGGGCUCAACGGCUGUGUCGACGCCUGCCAGGGUGACUCCGGGGGCCCUCUGGCUUGUUCGAGGGAUGAUGUCAGCUUCCUGUAUGGGAUCAUCAGCUGGGGAGAGGGCUGCGGCCGCACUCAAAAACCUGGUGUUUACACUAAAGUUGGGAACUAUAUCGAUUGGAUCAAUUCAGUGAUCAGACACAAACCCAAGGCUUCAUAAAGGGACAUUACCUGGACAUUAGUUUUUAAUAUAUGAAAUAUUGUACUAUAUUGUAUUUUGUUUUUAUUUGUAAUGCUUGUGGAAGUUUAUAGGUUAUAUUUUUUAACUGUGAAACAUGUUGUGACUGAAUAAACCUUUACUGACUU